GGCACCCCCUAGAAUGGCAUGUAGCUCAUCAUUUCUGAGGGAUCUGACACGGAGCGGCUGUGCUCUCUGGUUCUCUGGUACACUGCUUCUCUAGUACACUUGCCCCAUAUUCUAGGCAGGACUGACUCUAUUUUUAGAUACCGUAAAGGAGGGAUUGGCUCGGGGAAUCAUUCCCAUUUUUGUCUUUGUGCCACCAGUCAACCUCAGCCAGGGGCACCCAUGACAGCAGCAGACGGUACAGAACGACUGAUAACCGUCAUCUCAUCGCCAAUUUACAAUAGCACAGCAGACGGUACAGAACGACUAAUAACCAUCUCUGCUAUCUUCCAAAGGCAAAUGAAUGCUGCUGUGUAGCGCUGCAGUACCGCGUCUGUUAGCAACAUCCAGUACACAUAUGGUGACAGUGAAAAAAAGCUGAACGGGCUCCAUGGUUGCCGUGCUAUGGCGUCUGCCAGGGCAAUCCAGGGAAAAAGGGCGCGAAAUGAAUGUCUGCCGUUGCUUUCACGGAGGAAGGAAUGAGUGAUGACAUUUACCCAGAAUCACCCACGACACUGUUUUUGCACCAUCAUGCAUUGGGGUCUCAACCCAGAAUUCCAAUGGGUGGGGGAGACUGCAGGAACUGCGGGAUAGCUAUGGGAUAGCUACCCACAGUGCAACGCUCCAGAAAUCGACGCUAGCCUUGGACCAUGGAUGCACACCACCGAAUUAAUGUGCUUAGUGUGGCCGCGUGCACUCGACUUUAUACAAUCUGUUUUAUAAAACAAGUUUAUGUAAAAUCGGAAUAAUCCCGUAGUGUAGACAUAUCCUCACAAAUGAGGGCUUGGCUACACUGGAGAGUUGCAGCGCUGGUGGUGAGUUUACAGCACUGCAACUUACUCACUGUCCACACUUGCAAGGCACAUAUAGCGCUGCAUCUCCCUGGCUGCAGCACUGGCUGUACUCCUGCUCUGCCUGGGGUAUAACAAUUGCAGCGCUGGUGAUGCAGCGCUGCUCCACCAGUGUGGCCACCAAAAGUGCUGUAAUUGGCCUCCAGAGGUAUUUGGAGGUAUCCCAGAAUGCCUGUUCAGCCACUCUGCUCAUCAGUUCGCACUCUACUGCCCUGGCCUCAGGUGACCCGCCCUUUAAAUGCCCCGGGAAUUUUAAAAAUCCCCUUCCUGUUUGCUCAGCCAGAUGUAGAGUGCAAUCAGUGAAUCUUCCCAGUUGACCAUGCCUCCAUGCUCCAAACGAGCCCCAGCAUGGAGCAAUGGCGAGUUGCUGGACCUCAUCAGUGUUUGGGUGUCCUUGACUACUCGACUGCUCCUAUCAUCAACUGUUCAGAGGCUACAAAACCUCAGGAAGAAGCCGCGAAAAAGCAAAGAAGACAUGCUGAAAGCAGUUAUGGAUCACUCCGCCAGAGAGAGUAAAAAACUGCAGGACUGGAGGAAAAAACUGCAGGACUGGAAGGAAAAGGAAAGCAGGAUCCGCCAGAGAAACACAGUGGCUAAGAAGAAAAGCACAAAGCAGCUGAUAAGCAUCCUGGCGCGCCAAGCGGACUCCAUCCAGUCACUCGUAGCCAUGCAGGCAGAGCACUACCGUGCCGACCCCCCUCCCCAUCCCAAAGCUCUUUCCCUUGUGCCCCAAUGUCAGCUCCAAACACCCUUCCCCAGCAUCCAGAUUCGUACCACCACCAGCUGCCCCCAACACCUGUAUGUUCACCAACCAGCCCUGAGAACUACGACCCUUACUCUCUGCACUCAACGCCCAUCACCAUGCAGUAUUUUCAUCCUGAAGUGCAGCAGUCAUUGCACAGCACUCCAGACAGGACAUAUUCAAACCUGUGACUGUACAGUUCACCACUCCACCCCCCUGCCCUUUUAGGUUCCCAAAAUGUUGUGUGUCUGUCAAUAAAGUUAUUUUGUUUUCAAUAAAUGAAUUCUUGGCUUUGAAAACAGUCUUUAUUAUUGCAGAAAAUGAAAGAUACCAUCGCCCAGGAAAGAAACAGGCACUGCAAAUCAUUUUAGGGAAAACAGAUUCCUACUAACAUUGU